UUCUCCCUCGUCGUCUUGGUUGAGAGAAGAAUCAACGGUUACCAUACAAAAUAACUGACAAAGCUAACUGCUUCAACUGAACUGAGCGCCAAAAAUGAUAUCUCUCACUCCUUCUAUCGUCUUCUUCACCACUCCCACACGCCAUAACCAUACUCCUCGUUUCACUGCUCCCUGUUCAACCCUCCAAGAGCUCCACAGCUCAUCCGACGAAGAGACCCCACUUCUCCACACGCCGGUGCCGUUCCCGCCGAUCAAGGCCGCGAAGCGAGUUGUUCUGGUGAGGCACGGCCAGAGCACUUGGAAUGAGGAGGGCCGGAUCCAAGGGAGCUCCAAUUUCUCUGUUCUCACCAAGAAAGGCGAGGCUCAAGCCGAGACCUCGAGGCAAAUGCUCAUCGAUGACGCCUUCGAUGUUUGCUUCUCCAGUCCUCUUGAGCGAUCGAAGAGAACUGCUGAGAUUAUUUGGGGUAAUCGGGGAGAGGAAGUGAUUACUGAUUUGGAUUUGAGAGAAAUCGACUUGUAUUCCUUUCAAGGGCUUUUAAAGCACGAAGGGAAAGCAAAAUUUGGGGAGGCUUUUCGAAAAUGGCAGGUGGAUGCUGCGAAUUUCAACAUCGACGGGCAUUAUCCGGUGAGAGAGUUAUGGGAUCGAGCUAGGAAUUGUUGGGACAAGAUACUUGAACAUGAGGGGAGGUCUGUUCUUGUGGUUGCUCACAAUGCUGUUAAUCAGGCUCUUGUUGCUACUGCUAUUGGAUUAGGAACUGAGUAUUUUAGGGUAUUGCUUCAGAGCAAUUGUGGAGUGAGUGUUUUGGAUUUCACUCCAAAAAUUGAGGGCGGAUCGCCAUCUAUUUGUCUUAAUCGUUUAAAUCAGACACCAAACUCACCUGUAGGUGGAAGUUCUGGAGGAAGGAAAACAAGCAAGAGGUUCAUACUUGUGUGCCAUGGAUUUACACAAACUAAUGUAGAGGCUAGCAAUCCUUUAUCUGGGGAUAAAUCUAUGAACAUGCUUGGUGUUAUACAGUCCCAGAAAAUUGCUGAGCUACUUCUUGAUACGAAAGUUAGUUCUAUUAUUAGCAGUCCAAAGAGUGCUUGUGUCGAAACAGCCAAUGCCAUCUCCAGAGUACAAGAAGCUGCCGAAUGCUUGGGAGCUGACUGCGUGCCUCGGUAUGUGGAAAUGAAGCAAACACAGAACCUGGAUGUUGAAAACAUCCUUCAGCAAUCAAAUAAGGACUCCAGUGUGGUUCCACCUCUUCAGCAUGGUUGUUUAAAUGGUUUCGAGGACUCGAUCCUUUCGGCAGUGUGGGAACAAUCAGAGAAAGCAUGGGAAUAUCUGCUCGAGGAACUAGCCAGUGAAGGUGAAGCAGAUAGAGUUGUUGUUGUGGUUGGUGAUCCUGCAAUUAACAUCGCACUAAUGGUGCACUGCCUGAAUCUGACAAAGGAAUGGAUGGGAUCAUUUCAUCUUGACUCCGGAAGCAUCAGCAUCGUUGAUUUCCCCGAUGGCCCAGCCGGAAAUGGCGUUAUCCGAUGCAUAAAUUAUACAGCUCAUUUGGGAAGAUGGUCAAUUCCAAUCACAAGAUUAUCAGUGGAUGAUGAAGCAUUCUAGAUGUAAAUUUUUGUAAAUAUUAAGUUUUAUGCCCGAUUAUGUAUUUGAUAUUAUAUGUAUGAUACAAAAUUUUUAGAUGAUUGAUUUGAAUCCAAUGAGAUCACAAGUCUGCAAUA